ACGUGGUGCUGAACGUUUACGAUGAACGCAACGGUACAUGAUGUAACCGCAGCAUUCCCCAUCGGGAACCGGCUUCCUCCUUCCACGAUGGUAUGCCGCAGCAGACUUGGAAGAUGCACGGGAAAAACAAGUCGCCGUCGCAAUCUGAAAACGUUGCACCCGCUUCACAAGGUCCUCAACACUUUCAUACUUCCCAAUAACCAUAGACCUGAACAGCUCACUAUCAUCGACAACCAUAGCGAUAGCAGGAAAAAUCAGUAUGGCCACCGAAAGAACAAAACCAACACUCGCACAUGCACCAAUACAGGUUAUCAUUUAUACUGCAUCGUACUCACAUACAAUGUUAUUUCCAAAGCCAUCUCAAACCUAGUUUCCAAGUUUCACACAUUCAUCCACCUUGGCAAUGUCGCUACGUAACCGUUGCUAUGUACAAUAUGUACCACGGAACGUACCGAAACCACACAAGUUUUUCCGACCUCCGAUCACACAGUUCCGGGGUGGGUAGGGCGGGUAACCUGGACCCUAACCCCUAACCUUAACUAAUGGUGGACUGGCAUGAUGCCUCAACCUGACCUUAGGGAUAGUUUAUACCGUCUUGAGUGGCGCAUGGACUGGCAUGGUUAGCUAUAUGCCAACCUUAUGCCUAACCCUAACGCUAACCCUGAGCCGACCAGCGGCACUCUCCCUAGUAUUAGAGUGUCGCUGUGUCGUGUCAGGGUUUAAGGUUAGGGUAUCUUACUUAUAAGUAGUUUAUAUGUAUUAUUUGGGUAUAUUUAGGGCGGGAUGGGUUAAUGGGGUAUAUAUUGAGUAGAAUUUAAGGAUUCGCA